AUGCACCUUUCGGUUACCUUCUUCCUCCACGAGAAGGUAGCAAUGCUGGAAGGGGCCAUUUACCGUCUCAACCAUUGCUAUAUGGUUGCAUUAUUCACUAAAACAAAAGUGCACCACGAGGCAAUGAUUCGCCCGAGGAGAGCCGUGCGAGUGCAAACAGGCUUCGAAAUAGAAAGACGGAAGUCUGCUCUAAGCCACUCUCGAAUCGUGACAGGUCUUCCGGGCUUGGUAUUCCCCAUGGGCCAAAGUCUUGCCGUCAGUAUCAUGUCGGAUCCAAAAAUAAACCACCAUAGGCCACUGAUUACCAAGCGUAUGGACACUAUUGGCAUACGCGGACCUUCGCACCAUCACCAGCACCUGCCACUAAUCUCCAUGGUGCUGUUCCUGUCCAUGACUGCUGUGCCCGAGACAUGGUUUCUGGGUUUCUUCUGCCUAUUUCGGGAAGAUGCCACGAGGGAAACUAUUCGAGGAGCCCUUCCAAAGCUCUCAUGA